GGACCUUGUAGCCGGGAAGGGCGUUCUUUUUGCGGUCAGACAGCGCAGUCAUUCCAAGGGGUGGGUCCUCCGGCGCAGAAAGGAAAACCCACCUUUUUCAUUGUUGGGGACGCGGUGGAAUGUGAUGGUUUGAUCUUACAGCACAGGGAAUGUGAACGUGGAGAAAAGACACAGAGAAAGCAAUCCGGUCAGAGUGAUAAAUAAUACAAUCUCCCCUCAUUUUUGCUCCCGGGUACGUCUAGCCAGCCGACGAGUAUGUGGAAGAACUUGUGUUCACCGUCACCGAGUCAUCUUGUUCGCUUCAACUACUCUCCGUAUCAAAUCGCGUGAACUUGUGGAUUACCUGCGUUUCGCGCUUCUCGCCAAGGCACGCGAUAGAUGGAGACGUGUUGGGGACCCGGAGGAGUGUAGUUCAUGAAGACGCUUUCUUUUAAAAAAGGAAAAAUGAUGGUUUCCCCUCCUCAAAACCCAACGGUUGUCCCUUGACGCUACAAGAAGACAACAAUAAGACAAAAAGGCCCCCCAUUGUGAAGAACCAACAUCUCCCUUCCUUCAUCCAUUCUUCUGGAGUGGAGUACUAACCAGGACACCAGGGAUUGUUGCUGCUACUUCCAACACAAAUGUUGGCUUUCCAAAACCUUGUCAAAUAACUUUGAUCAGAAAUCAAGACCGCGCAUCGACACCUCCGUACCCACCAUGUCUGAGCACAAGGACAUGACGAACCGCCACCUGCGGCAUAAGCUGCAGAGCCUCGGGCGACGGCUGGACGAGUUGGAGGAGGCCACCAACAAGCUGCAGAAGUCUGAGGACGAGCUGGUCGAGCUGCAGGACAAGAUCAUACAGGCGGAAGGCAGCAACUCCUCACUGCUGGACGAUGCAGAGGCUCUGAGAAAGAGGCUCCUGAAGAUCCAAGGGAAGGACGAGGAGGUCCGCAAGUGCGAGGACCUCUGCCGCACAGUUCGGGAGAAACUGGAGGAGGAGGAGAGCCUCACCCAGCAGCUGAAGGCUGAGAUCGAACGUCUGCAGCGGCGGAUGGCCGAACUGGAGAAGCUGGAGGAAGCGUUCGGAAAAAGCAAGUCAGACUGUAGCCAGCUGUGUCUCAGCCUCAACGAGGAGAAGAACCUCACCAAGAAGCUCUCGUCUGAGUUGGACACCCUCAAGGCCCGUUUGAAGGAGAUGGAGGCGUCUGAGGUCAGGCUGGACAAGGCGGAGCAGGCCUUGGCUGCCGAGUUGGACAAACUCAAAGGCUUCACCCAGACUUUUGUGAGCGAGCGCAAGAGGCUACUGGAGAGCCAGAGGGACAACGAGAAGACCAUUCUGAAGCUGACGGAAAAAGUGGAACAUCAGAGGAAAGCGGGAGACCCCGGACUCGGGGACUUCAGGAAGUCGUGCAUCGAGGACGAACUCUCCGGGGGCCUCUUCAACAGCCGGCUGAACCAACGCAAACGAAGCCUGGACUACCUGAAGUCCUCGGAGGACAACGUCGGCCUACGGAACGAGAAGAACAGCGGCCUAGAAGGUCAGAGGGAGGAGGACAACAAAGUGAAAGAGCUGAGCCAGGAGGUGGAGAGGUUAAAGAACCGCCUCAAACAACUGGAGAUCGUCGAGGCGGACCUUAAGAACUCAGAGUCCAAGAACGGAGAGCUCCAGGAGAGGUUCCAGGUGGAGUGCACCAGAGCGCGACAACUGGGCGAGCAGGUGGAACAGCUCCAGACGCAGCUCUGCUCUAACGGGGACACGGAUAAUAAUGGCAGUAGCCACGGCAACAGGAACCCCAACCCGUGCCCCAAAACCCCUGCCAAAGUCCACGAGAACGGCAAGGCUGAGAACGAGGAGAUCAACGUCAAGGGGGGCUUCAGGGUCGAGAAGCCCAAGUACAGGAGCGCCGCAGCCCCCUCGGAGCCCGGCUCCCCUAAAGCCAAGAACCGGGAGCUGUCUCCUCAGCACAGGAGGGAGACCCGUCUGCGGAGCAGAGAGCCGAGCCAUCCGGACGAGAGCUCGACCAAUGCUGGAAGGAGAGCCGUCAGUCCCGCGCACAAAACCAGGAGGACGCCAAAGACCCCGACGACCACCCCCUCUGAUAACGGCUUGAGAGAAACCGGAAGAGCAAUGGCUGAGAGGGCAAGAGAAGGGGCUUCACGCGGCGCCUCCGGAAGCACGUCCUCCGGUGAAGGCAAGAAGCCUUCGGUCUUAAGCCGCUACCCCCCAGCGGCGAAUGAUCAGAAGCACUGGAAGAGCGCCAAGAAGGAGACCGAGGUAGAGAGCAAGAAGAGCAAACUGGAGACGCGGUCCAAGGUGUACAGCGGCAGCGACAGCGAGUCCAACCAAUCUGACGGCAAAGCCAACAGCGUCUCCUCUCAGGACAAGGACUCUAUCUUUGCGUCCGAUCUGGACCUGGACGCGGUCAAGGAGUCCGUCACUGUCCCCCUCUUGGCGUCGAAGGCCAACGGAUCCUACACCGCUUACAGGUCCCACGUCACGCCACUGUUGCCCGGCGACCAGGGGUCAGAAGGGGGUCACUCCUCCUCCGCCUCCGAGACGGAGUCCACCGGAUCUAGGCGGUCGGAUCCCGACCGGGGGACCGAGGCGUCCACCGUGACCACGGGGAGCGCCAGGACCGCCACCCCAAGGUACCCCCGGUACUCUGGCGUCCGCGACCCCCCCUCGGAGGGCUCCUCCACCAGGAGCUCCUUCGACGAGGAGCUCCACAGCCGAGGGCCCCAGGCCGACCCCACCCCGUCGGGCAUCGACCUCCGCCGGACGUGCAGCCCGCGGGAGGCGCUGAGGUCCAAGGCCGUCAUCAAGCCGGCCAUCGUCGAGAGCGACCGGAAGGAGGUGAUGAUGUCAGAGGCGUCGGCCACCAACGGCAAACCCAAGAUCUCGACCAAGCCCGUGGCGAUCACCGCCGCCGGUAAGAUGACCAGCAGCAUCACCAUCUACCCCAACGACCCCGGCUCCUCCAGGACCAGCAGUCGCAGCAGUAGCGUGUCCAGCGAGCCCAUGUCGGGCAGGGAGCGACACACCUCGACUAGUAACAUCCUCAUAGGCCCCAGCAUGGAGCACCGCGGCAGCAUCUCCAUACCGUACGAAAUCUCCAUCCCCAAGAGCGACAUCCCGCUACGCACCUGCCCGGACUACGACGACCACGCCCCAGAAGACCUGCUCCCAUCCAGGUCCGGCCUCUACGACACCUCCAGGCUGGACACCACCUCCAGGCUGGACACCACCUCCAGGCUGGACACCACCUCCAGGCUGGACACCACCUCCAGGCUGGACACCACCUCCAGGCUGGACACCACCUCCAGGCUGGACAACACCCCCAGGAUAGACACCACCUUCAGGCUGGACACCACCUCCACGAGCCGUCUCCUCUCCAACCGCAGCGCCUUCAGCCUCCUGUCCCCGGAAGGCCCAAGCACCACCACCUCCACCCCGGCGGACUUCAGCUACGACCCCGAGUCGGGCUUCGAGGGCAGAACCCCCGCCGCCGCCGCCGCCCCGCUCAGCAGCUGGAGGAGCCAGACGUACGGCCUGCCCCUGCAGGAGGACAGCCUGCAGGACCUGAGGCACGUGACGGUGAGGAGUACCUCGAGGAACCGGCUAGGCGUCAGCCCCAGCCCUGCGUCCACUGACCCCUGCGUUCGGGGGAAGACCAGUCCCCUGGGGCACGGUGAUUUCGGAGGAGGCUGGGACGAGGAGGUGGCUACGUGCAAGGCCUACAGGGCCAACAGCGUCCUGGACGCAGAGGAGACGGGGAACGGCAGGAUGGGCGCCGGCGCUGGCGGGACGGCGCUCAAGGGAGCCAAGGCGUCACCCGCUGAUCUGUAUAUGCGAAAGAUUAACCAUGCCCCCGGCACCAGAGAGGUCCAGGAUCCUGGCGCCCGCCGGCUCAAGAGCUCCACGUCCCCCUCCUCAGAGGUGGCCGGGCUGGGCAGAGCCAUCGCUCACGAGCCCCUCAGCUCCCAGACAUGGGGCCGGUCGUUCUCACCAGCCGCGCCCGCAGAGCGCCCAGACCCCGUCCCGGACCCCCGGCACAGCCCGGCCUCCUGGAGACGCCCCACGCCCCCCGGCGCUGAUUCCCCCCGCCUGGGCACCUCCUACGACCGGGGCCACAAGACGGCGGGGGUCUCCCCCAGGGAGCCGUGGUCCAGCAGGGGUCAGGGGUCAUUGGACCUGGGGGAGGGGAGGAGCGGGCCGGGGAGCCGUCCCUGGGGCCGGGAGCGCCAGGCGGACCGCCACUAGAGCAGCGGCGCUGGAUCGGACGUUCCCACCGGGGAGGCUCGCACUCAAUCUCAACUGCUCCAGGAAGGCCCCCGGGGGGGUCCCCAACAAACCCUCCUGGCUGCCCCCUCCUCCACCUCCACCACCA